CUGUUCCAUUUAGCUUUUUCUUCUAACUUGGUUUAGCCAUUUCGCAAUCUACACAGCAACUCGGAAAAGAGGUUGCCAUUGAAGUGUUGGAACGGUGUUUAUAUGCACGCUUUCCGCCUAGCUGAUGCUGCAUUCAGCACCAUACAUAUCUUCUCGUCCAGUUACAACAUUCUCGCCUGGAGUGAUUCAUGUUGUCCUAAGAGAAGCUAGGUGCAGUCCAUGUCCAUACAAAAGGAAAAGUGCAUUACGUAGUGUUAAGUCGACCCCUAGACAUGCCCGACUCUGUAGCGAGUGAAACCGGUUCGAGGGUUUCGGACCCACAACAUUCCAAGAAACUCCUCAGGGUCCUACGCACCUUCUGGCAGGAGCAAAGCUUUCACGACGCGCUGCUGGUGGUCGACGGAGAGGAGCUGGCUGUCCAGAAAAACAUCCUGGCCGCUGCCAGCCCUUAUGUCAGGACCAAGCUGAACUACAAUCCCCCAAAGGAGGAUGGGUCCACAUACAGAAUCGAGCUGCAGGGGGUCUCCAUGGCCAUCAUGAAGCAGAUCCUGGACUACAUUUUCAGCGGUGACAUCACCUUGAGGGAGGAGACCAUCCAGGACAUGGUGCAGGCGUCUGACCUGCUCCUCAUGACCGACCUCAAGAACCUGUGCUGCCAGUUCUUAGAGAGCUGCAUCGCCGCAGAGAACUGCAUCGGCAUCCGGCUCUUCUCCCUGCACUACUGCCUCCACCACGUCCACUACGCCGCCACCGAGUUCCUGCAGACGCACUUCGGCGACGUGGCGCGCACCGAGGAGUUCAGAGAGCUUCCCCCAGGCCGGCUAUGCGAACUGCUGGCCAUGGAGAAGCUGAACGUGGGCAACGAGAAGCACGUGCUGGAGGCCGUGGUGCGGUGGUACGCACACGACCCGGUGGAGCGCAAGGUACACAUGAAGGAGGUGAUGUCUGCAGUAUGGCUGCAGGGCCUGGACGUGAGCUACCUGAGGGAGCAGGCCAUGGGGGAGCCGCUAAUGAGGGAGGUGAUCAGAGAGUACUGUCAGCAGGUGCUGGCAGAUGGCCAGCUGCAGGGAGAGGCCAUGCUCGCCGCCUUCAAACCCCGAGGUUACUCUGAGUGUAUCGUUAUCGCCGGAGGGGAGGAUCGCAAAAGCAGGAAGCCCACUGCAGUGACCCGCUGCAUGUGUCCGCUCUAUGACACCAACAGACAGGCCUGGAUCGAGCUGCAGCCAAUGAGCAUCGCCCGCCUCAGCCACGGCGUGGUCGCUGCCGAGGGUUUUCUGUUUGUGAUGGGCGGAGCAGACGAACACAGCACAGUCCUGGACAGUGGAGAGAAAUAUGACCCCGACUCCAACACCUGGAGUCCCAUUCCCCCGAUGCUACAGGCUCGUCAGAGCUUUGGUGUGGUGGAGCUGGACGGUCUGAUCUACGUCCUCGGAGGAGAGACCAAGGACGCGGAGCUGAUCACCGUUGAAGUGUUCGACCCUCACUUCAGUACCUGGAAAAUGCAGACCAGUAUGACCAUGAUCCGAAAGGUCGGCUGCUACGCCUCCAUGAACAAGAAGAUCUACGCCAUAGGGGGCUCCUACGGGAAGCUGUUUGACUCAGUCGAAUGCUAUGACCCCAAAACCCAGCAGUGGACAGGCCUCUGUCCUCUGAAAGAGAGAAGGUUUGGGUCGGUGGCGUGUGGCGUCGGCCAGGAGCUCUACGUGUUCGGUGGAGUUAGAAGCAAGGAGCAGGACAACCCCGAGCAGAGACAGAUGCUGACCUGCAAGUCUGAGUUCUACCAUGACGAGAUGAGGAGGUGGAUGUUGCUGGAUGAACAGAACCUGUGUAUCCAGACCAGCUCGUCCUUCGUUUGCGGCGCUGUGCCCAUCGGAGCCAGCAUCUAUGUGGUGGGAGACCUGGACACAGGAACAAGCUUCGACUACAUCCGGGAGUUCCGCCGCAGCACUGGGACGUGGCAUCGUACCAAGCCCAUGUUACCCAGCGACCUCUCCAAAACAGCCUGCGCCGCCCUGCGCAUCGCCAACUGUCGACUGUUCCGCCUUCAGCUGAGCCAGGGCAUGUUCCGGAUCAGGGUCUGACCACGCGACAGCAGCCGGUGGCCCUGUAUCGGCUCCACGCUCCAAGCUCCACGUUUGCACACUGGUACUCUCUACCUGCUGUAGGUCUGGGUUUUGGGAUUUUAUGAACAAUAAAGUGUUCUAGUGGCUAGAUAUUGAGGAUUGAGGGGUUUAUACUUGACUGAGACUUAAAGAGACAAAAGUUCAUCUUUUUUUUAAUUAUUAUUACAUUUUUUUAUAAACGUAAACAUUUUUAUCUGUUCUAACAUGGGAUUUGAUGGGUUUUUUUAUUUUUAUUUCAAUAACUGUACCUCAUUUUUAAUGUUACCUGGGGAUCUGUUGCUUGGUGAGAGAUUUAAAGUGUAAACAACUCUUAAUACCGACUUCCACAUUAUGACAUGAGGGAUUGAGAUUGACACUUUAAAAGCACUGCUGUGUUGCAAUUAGUAUUUUAGGAUGUAUUAAGUUGUUUGGAGGCAUAUUGUGCAUCUUUCUGGCCCAAUUGUAGACAACAUAAUCAUUUGUCCUGAUGUCUAAACAGCUGCAGUGAAGGUUGCGGGUUGAAAAUCUUUUAGUUACAUAAAUCUUUAAUGGGAAGUGAGCCUUGGUGUUAGUCCCAUGGAAUCAGAGAGCAAAUCGGGUCCUCCACGCAGAGUCGCAUCGCUCACCAAUGUCACACUUGGCCCAAUCAAGCUUAGCCAGAGGCGGGCUUCACUACUUUACCACUGACUUCCUGUUUUGAUGCCGCUAGACGUGGUAGAACCGACAAAGUCAGGAAGGAAUGAUGUAAGCGUUUUUUAACUACGGUGAACUAUAUCAUUUUUCCCUCCUCUUCAUUCAACAGCAGAGCAACAGAAAGAGCUCGAUGUCUCUCACAAAUCCAUUUUUUCAGUUAUUUAAAUCUGAUCGCCUGUUGCCCACGCAUCCGCACCCCACGUCUCAUCAGCUGUUUUCCCUGACUCGCUUUGCCAAGGGCCGUUUUUGAAGCUGCCUCGCCUGUUGCGACGCGUCUCGGUGUGUUCAGUCAUACGGAGAAAUACAGUCAUACUCACAGAGAAACACACACCCAAGUCGCGGCUUACUCCUGUUCAAACUCCUGUAUUGAACGUGUCCAAAUUGCAUCAAGUCCUUCAAAGCAGUCCCUAAGGUCCCCAGCAUUACACCUACCAAAUGUGAAGUAGAUCGGAUGAACGGUUCUCAAGAUAUGUGAAGAAGGGACGGACGGACGGAUUCCUUGCUUCAUUGUUAAAUGAAGACGAAGGUCACCUGACCUCAACAAAGUAGUCAUUUGAAACCAGACCCACAUCUUUCAGAGCAUCACUGUAGAAAAGGGUUUUGGAAAACAGAGAAAUCUCAUAAUCUUUAUGAAUUUAGCACCUUUCAAUCAAAAUCAAUUGCACUUCAAAGUGCUUCACAAAGCGGUUGACCGCACUUAUGAUUUUAAAAAUUGUAAAAUGUUGAUACAAAAAGUAGAAUAAAGUAAUAACAAAGUAAAAAUAAAAACACAGAACAUGACAUUAUAAAAAUGGCGUCCUGCGUCAGGUCUGAAACCCUAUAUAGUUGUUUGGAGGGCAUUAUGAUGUUUAAGUUGGAGGACUUGGUGGCUGUCUCUGGUCGGCAAAGCUCUUAAUGGUCUCUCAGGAUUGUGAGUUUGGUCCUGGACAGCCCAAAAUCAAACAGCGUGUAAGGCCCUUUGUCACUGGAAACCUCUGCUCUGUUGAUGCUUUAGUUUUUUCUGCCCACAGACUUAAACCCAAGCUAUGCAGCCAUCUCAUUAUGAACGGUGUAGAAAGCUCCUAACUGGAGUGGUUAUGAUGAAGGUUUAUGAAAAAUGGGAACAUCCACACACUAUCUGAAUGUUUGCACAUUGGAGCACAAGCGCUUUACUCUCUAGUCCUUAUGUCUUUAUUGUCAACCCAAGCUGCCUGGGCCCCGGUCGCUUCAGAAAUAGAUGUUGCUGCGAGUGAGUCGCUGGACGUGUCGAUGCCUCUGCGACCUCUGACCUGGCUUUCCAGUCAGUACGGUUUUGGCAUCCCUUGACCCCAUUUGUUCUGUGUGAGUUCCAGCUGCUGCUGUCCGUCCUCGGCUCAGCGACAGCACAUGCAAAGCAGACGCACGCUCGGUGCAGCUCACGGAGUGUCGAUGCAAACACACCUCUCGUUACAUCAGAAAGGCAAAACACCUCACUGAUCUCUGACCAAUGAAGGCCAAUACAAAGUAGUCUUUAAAUGGAAAAUCCCAUCUUGUUGUUAGAAAAGAGGAAUCAAAAAAACACGAGAUAUUAAUAUUUAAACAAACACUGUGUUUAGUUGUUAGAAUCAGUGUACUGCCACCUUUAUAAUAAUCAUGUCACUUUUAAAUAUUUUUUAAAAUCUAAUUGGGAUCCAAAUCUUAACAAGCCAGCAGCAAAAUUCCAAACUCAGCUUAUUAGAAAUCAGACUGAGAGAGAAGGCAUCCUGUUGCACCAGCUAAACCGAGGUAAAAGGACAGUUCAACCCCAAAAUUUAAAAUACGUAUUUUUCCUUUCUUCCGUAGUGCUAUCAAUCUAUCUCGAUUAAUUUGGUGUGAGUUGCAUAGUUUUGGAAAUAUCGCUCUUAAUUAUGUUGACUAUCUUGAGAAACCGUGUUAUGAUUUUUGGAUUUUUGCUGUUGGGUUUCUCAAAUGUAGUUUUUGGCGCUUUGAGUGCCACACGGAGAGUUUCAUAUAGUCCCAUUUUAUUGGAGAGAAGGCAGACAUCUCUACUGCUAUUUCUUCCAACACUAGGAACUAUUUAGAUCGAUAAAUAACACAAUAAGUAAAAGGAAAAAUAUGUAUUUGGAUUUGGGGGUGAACUGUCCCUUUAAGUCAGCAUUUAGUGAUUCAUUGUAACUACUUAGUUUUAUAUGUAACUCAGACACAUCUUUCAGGUGCAACAUUCCAACUUCAAAGGUCAUCAAAAUAUUGUUGCGGAAAGUAAUUCGGUCAUAAUUCAAUAUGAGGAAGACAGCUUUCGCUAAUAACUCACUGGUCACAAUUAGACUGUUCAAUUAAAAUAGAGCAAGUAAUCUAUGUAUUUACAUGCUAACAUAUGAUAAUACACUUGUUUGUCAGCCAAACAACACCUCAUCACAUCACUCAAAGAUAAUUUAUUGAUGACUUUUGUUAUGCUUUGACAGCUGUAUCACACAUAUAAUCAUAAAUGGUACCAACAUCAUCAGUGUGUCGGCCUCGAAAGCUUCUUGUGAAAAGGUUCUGCUGAUGACCACUAGUAGUGCUAUGAAGCAGUUUGUUUAUACCACCACUAACUGCCUCAGCACGCAAAGAAAUGCAGCAAUGCAUUCGUAAAAAGCAGGAAAGCGGUGAACGCGAAUCAAAAAUCACACAAAUUCUUCAAUUUCUGCCAAAUAACAAUAACUGUAAAGCACAACAACAAGCACGUCGCAAAUUUAAAGACAGGAAGUCUGUUACAGGAAAUGAGCUCUCUGUAUAAAUACCAAAGAAAAACAUUAGCUCACUUUAGCAGCGAAAUGUAAAUUUUUAUGUUCGGUCUCGGCUCUAUGUUGUAAAUACUGAAACCUGUUUUUACUAACUCAUCGUGUAACUCCCACGUAGGCAUGUCACGAUAUACCGCUACUGACGAAGUCAUUUGACAAAAAGAGACAAAACACACAAUAAACUUGAUAAAGAUGAAUUUGACUGAUGGCAUUAAUAUUAAUUUAAAUGUUAUAUAAAUAUCAUGAUAGUGCUGCUGUGAAAUUUUUGCGCCACGAUAAUCAUGUGGGGAAAAUCUGAUACUGUGACAGCACUAUACUAUAUUAGAUCUAAGUUACGAACUUAAACCCAGCUGGUGCAUCAGGAUGCAGGUUUUCUAACACAUGGACUAAUAACAGUAAACAACUAAGUUUCAGUUCACUCGAAACUUAAACUUAAGACUGAAAACUUAAUGUUUUCUGCUGUGAAUGGUUUGUAAAUACAGCAGAAAAACAGGCACAGUUUGUGUGCUGAAAGAAAGGAUUUGCUGGAGAAAUGCUCAGAACACUAAGAAGUAGGAGGACCAGUCUGCUGAGGCUGUGAAGACUGCUUCCUUAUUUUUGCAUAGACACUUCACAUUCCCUCGCGUCUAGUCAUUUACGGUAAAUACUACAUAAAGUUUGGAGCUGCUCUGUAUCCUAACCAGCACUUCUUUGUGCUCGCAUUAACACGUCACGGCAGUCCAUGUUGUGAAACACUGGAGGAAAACAUGAGGGGAUAAAAAAACGGUCUAAACUGAAAAUAGUCUUUAACCAAAAAUGUGUUGUGAAAGAUAUGGAGAGACACUGUUGUUUCAGUUUGUACUUUUGUCACUGAUGCAUGAGGAAGUUUUGUAACAUUUUGCCUAUGAGUGUGAUUCAUUUACGUCAAAGGAAAUAA